AUGUCUCACACUUUACACUUUGCUUCUCAUCACCAGUCAACACCUUUCAAGUGUGUUCCAGCGCAGUUUAUACCAGGGAGGACAGGAGCUGGACUACUCAUAUUAAAUGGGUUUACAUUCUAUAUGAAAAAUCAUCAGGCACAUGGAAAGAAACAGUGGUAUUGUUCAUCAAGGGAUGUUCAUGGCUGUCGUGCUGAUGUCAUAACAUAUAAAGGCGUGGAUGGGAGGGAUUACAUCUCAAUAUUUCGUGGGCGCCAUAUUCAUGACCCUCCUCGUUUACGCCAGUGUCAUGAUGGGAUUUACUAUCUACCCUCCCACCGUACUGGCAGUAUGGUGUUGAUAUUUAAAGAUAACAAAUAUUGGAUCAACAACAGAUACCUGAAUACAAUAAAUUGGACUUGCCGCGACCGGAAGAGGUUAGGUUGCAACAGCUGUGUUCAAACCACAGUCGAGGGACGCUAUAUCAAGCAUAAGGGUUUUCAUAAUCAUGCUGAUAAUUAUACGAAGUAUAAUUUUAAUGAUUGA